AAUCCGGAAGUGGACACCCGCGCGCCGCCAUGGACGCGCCCAGCGGCGGCGGGAAGCUGUCCCUCGCCAGCGUGGGCUUCGCCGGCGCCGGGGUCGCUGCCGGCGGAAGCGGCGGGGGCGGAGGCUACAAGGAGCUCCUCGUCAUGGCGCUGCCCAAGGACGACGGCCUCGACGGCGCCAAGGUCGCGGAGCUUAUCGGCGCCGGGCUGCCGGACAUCGGGUGCUCCGUCAGGGCGUUUUUUAGGACUAGAGAGGUUAGAGAAUUUGCCAGUGGGGCCUUAGCUGGUGCUAUGUCCAAAGCUAUUCUUGCUCCUCUUGAGACUAUCAGGACAAGAAUGGUUGUAGGUGUAGGAUCGAGACAUAUUGGUGGUAGUUUUGUGGAGAUCAUGGAACAAAAUGGGUGGCGAGGGCUUUGGGUGGGCAACACAAUCAACAUGAUCCGCAUUGUUCCAACUCAAGCAAUUGAGCUUGGGACAUUUGAGUAUGUAAAAAGGAGCAUGAAAACAGCACAAGAGAAAUGGAAAGAUGAUGGAUGCCCAAAGAUACAGCUUGGAAAUAUGAAAAUUGAGCUGCCACUCCACUUGUUAUCACCAGUUGCUAUUGCUGGUGCAGCUGCUGGAAUAGCUGGCACAUUGAUGUGCCAUCCUCUUGAAGUUAUUAAGGAUCGCUUGACCGUCGACAGAGUAGCUUACCCUAGCAUUAGCAUUGCCUUCAGCAAGAUAUACCGAACUGAAGGUGUCCGUGGCCUCUAUUCUGGCCUCGCUCCGACACUAAUUGGGAUGCUUCCUUACAGCACAUGCUACUAUUUUAUGUACGACACAAUUAAGACUUCAUACUGCCGCCUACAUAAGAAGAAAUCAUUGAGUCGUCCUGAGCUACUAAUUAUUGGAGCUUUGACAGGUCUCACAGCAAGUACAAUCAGCUUCCCGCUGGAGGUGGCGAGGAAGCGUCUCAUGGUAGGCGCCCUGCAAGGGAAGUGCCCGCCCCACAUGAUUGCCGCGCUAUCAGAAGUGAUCCGGGAGGAGGGCCUCCUGGGGAUCUACCGCGGGUGGGGUGCGAGCUGCCUGAAGGUGAUGCCAAAUUCGGGCAUCACAUGGAUGUUCUACGAGGCGUGGAAGGACAUCCUCUUGGCUGACAAGGACAAGCCCCAGAACUAGUAGUCUACUACUAGUGCUGGACAACGCCGUAGAAUAACGCUGUUGUUUCAUGCUGUGUGGGCGUGGGAGUUCUGAUCCUUUUUCAGUUUUCGAACCCCACUUGCACCAGCACUGAAGCCAGGAAGGUUUAGAUAGGAGAAAGACGGUGCGUCGUCUUCUUGAGGCCAACGAUGGCUGGGAGCAUUUGUUUGCCCCUCACUAACUUUGAAUGCCUGGUUUUCUAUGCUUUUUUGUUAACACAUGGUAUUAAUUCAGGAGGCUUUCGGCCUGUUUGAUUAGAAGUUGAGAUGUUCCAGCACGUGUU